AUGGGAUUUAAACUGCAGAUGAGCUGGAUGCCGAGUCUACUAAGUCAGAAGCGGAGAAACGGUCCGCCCUUAGGGUUACGGAAUCUCGGCAACACCUGCUACCUCAAUAGCGUCCUUCAGUGCCUCACCUACACUCCUCCCCUCGCUAAUUUUUGCCUCAGUCACAAACACUCCUCUCACUGCGACUCGCAUGUGGAUGGGGAGCGGAAACGGGAUUGUCCUUUUUGCAUAGUAGAGAAACGAAUAACAAGGUCUCUUAGUGUGGAUCUAACAACCGAUACGCCAAGUAAGAUUUCGAGCUGCCUCAGGCUUUUCGCCGAGCAUUUUAAGUUUGGGCGUCAAGAGGACGCUCACGAGUUCUUGCGCUAUGUGAUUGAUGCGUGCCACAAUACCUCUCUCCGCCUGAAGAAGUUGCGGAUGAAGGGUGUUGAGCCCCUUAAUGGCAAUACUGUGGUGAAGGAGAUUUUUGGUGGUGCUUUGCAGAGCCAGGUCAAGUGUUUGUCAUGUGGUGCAGAGUCGAAUAAGGCGGAUGAGAUUAUGGAUAUCAGUCUUGAAAUUUUGCACAGUAACUCGGUGAAGGAAUCGAUGCAAAAGUUCUUUCAGCCGGAGAUUUUAGAUGGCAACAAUAAGUAUAGAUGCGAAAGCUGUAAGAAGCUGGUGACAGCGAGGAAGCAGAUGUCAGUACUCCAAGCGCCCAAUAUCCUUGUUAUCCAAUUGAAAAGAUUUGAGAACAUUUUUGGUGGGAAGAUUGACAAGGCCAUUGCAUUUGGUGAGAUUCUGGUUCUCUCGAGCUUCAUGAGUAAGGCAAGCAAGGUGCAGGACCCUCAAGCGGAAUACAAGCUUUUUGGGAUAAUUGUGCACUCAGGAUUUUCUCCUGAAUCUGGGCACUAUUACUCAUACGUUAAGGAUUCCUUGGGUCAGUGGUAUCGCUGCAAUGACUCGUUCGUCUCGCUCUCCACCUUGCAAGAUGUUUUGUCAGAGAAAGCUUAUAUUCUGUUUUUCAGCCGCUCCAACCAGAGGCCAGCAUCUGCUAAAGCUCUGGUAACAUCCAAUGGGACCACAUCUCAUGAGGUUAACGGCUGUGAGACAUCAAAGUCCAAGAAGUUUAUUGGUCCUCUCAAUAACGCUAACACGAAACCACGACCCGAGCAGUCCUUCCAGAAGGAAAAUCAGGCUUCUCCCAAGCCCCAUAAAUUUAUCAGGCCGCUGAAAGAUGUGAAUAUCCUGAAACCACGGCCCGAACAGUCCCUCCACAAGGAUAACCUUGUUUCUUCCUCAGUUGAAAAGGCGCCUCUAAAGCCACACGCAAAGGUGGUCAUAUCUGUCAACCUUGGUGCCAAAAGGGUCACUCCUUCCGUCAAUGGUAGACUACUCUCUUUCCACCAAGAUCAGAACAUAGCUCCAACGGCGGACAAAGAGAAUAGCGAAUCUGUUUCACCAACUAGGGUUCACUAUUGCUCGGAGAAAAAUGCUGUGACUGAAAAUGGAGUUAAAGAAAACGGCAGUGCACCAGGUAGUAGUAGUAAUAAUCAUGAUGAAGUGACAUCGCAUCCUCGUGAGGAUAACGGCUCUAGCAAUGGUGGUAAUCACCACAAAGAUAAUCCAUGCGAGAGUAAUGGCUCACAGAAUGGAACUACUCAUCACCCGAAAGGAAACUUAAAUCCAUGCGAGAGUAAUGGGACUAGUCAUCACCAGGAAAUUGAGAAAGAAGGUGUUAGUACAAGAACCCAACCCGAAGCCUCGAGUUCUUCAACAAACGAAGACUCCUGCAUUUUGCUUAGAAAAGAUAAAUCAUCUCAGGAUAAACUUGAAGCAAUAAAAGAGAGCCUGAAGAAAGAUGCGUCGUCAUAUUUACGGUCAUGCGGAUGGUAUGAUAAAGUACACAUCUCCAUGCGUGCCAAUAAGAGAAUGCGUGCAGAGCAAUCAGGAGGAGAUGGUAACGACUUAAAGAGGAGGCUGAUAGCAGAUGUAAAAUCAAGUUUGAAUUCCCAGAUUCCGGAGGAAUUAAAAGCAGAUCUCGUAAACCGGGUGUUGAAGAUUAGCAAGAAGAAAGACCACGAAGAGGAGCCUGGACAAGAAGAAGAAAGUCUCUCUGCUGUAGCUCUUACUAAUUCUUCAAAGUCGAAGUCUUCCUCUAAAAUUGUGGUCAACAUGUUCUUGAAUGGUUCUCUCGUCGCCGAUAUCAACUUAGCCGGAGCCACCUCGGUGAUGAACCUGGAGGUCUUGACUGUUUCCAUUUGUGAUUGA